AUGAACGCCCUCCCCCGUCUUCCGUGGCGCGCUUCGUCGCAAUCAACGCAGAAAUGGAGCUGCUUCUUCUGCCAGCACGCCGCCCGUCCUGCGCCGCGCAGCACCAUCCGAUCGCCCGCCACUCGCCGAGCGGCCUCGACGACACCACCCAAGCAGACCGGUCCCAGCUUCGGCGGUGCGCCGUCGAUGGAGCAGGUUCACGCGCAUUAUAAGCGCAGGAAUGCCUCGACAGCAUACUACACACUCAGCGUCAUUCUCGGGACGGUCGCCCUGUCGUACGGCUCCGUGCCUCUUUACAAGAUGAUCUGCCAAACGACAGGCUGGGGCGGCCAACCCGUCCGCGCCCACGGGCCGGACGUCGACUACAGCGAGGACGGUCUCGCCUCGCGCCUGGUGCCUGUGACCUCAGCCAAGCGCAUCCGCGUCACCUUCAACUCGUCCGUCUCGGACGUUCUGCCCUGGAAGUUCACCCCGCAGCAGCGCGAGGUGCGCGUGCUCCCCGGCGAGACGGCGCUGGCCUUCUACACGGCCACCAACAACUCGGACUCGGACAUCAUCGGCGUCGCGACCUACAGCGUGACCCCGGGCCAGGUGGCGCCGUACUUCAGCAAGAUCCAGUGCUUUUGCUUCGAGGAGCAGCGGCUGAAUGCGGGCGAGACGGUCGACAUGCCCGUGUUCUUCUACUUGGAUCCGGAUAUGGUGAACGACGUCAACAUGCGCGGUAUCGAGACCGUGACGUUGAACUACACGUUCUUCAAGGCCAAGUACGAUGACAAUGGCAAGUUCAAGGCGCCUUCGCCCAUGGCCUAA